UGCCAUAUGGCUGGAUUGGAGCUGGUGCUCCCUAGAGGGGAAAGGCCCCAUAUUCUGUAUCCAGUUAAUGAUCCUGCUCUCACAUCUCUCUGACCCUCAUUUCUCCUCUGUGGUAGGCAAUGGGAUCUCCAGCACCAUCCAGUACAGCCUGGCCCUGGACCCCGGGCGGACAAAGAUCCGAGCUGCCUUUGACUCCACCGGCCCUGUCCUGAGCAGGGAGCUGCGGCUCGGCAUUGAGAAGAAAUGUGAGAAGCAUCAGAUAAAGUUACCUCUCUGCCCUGAGGACACACUGACCCCCAUCACCCUGCGCCUCAACUACACCCUGACCGGGGAGCCCAUCGCUGCUGCCGGUCGCCUCAGACCCAUCCUGAGCGAGGACUCCGUGCUGGUGUCUGCAGGCUCGGUAAGGCCUCCGGGGCCAGGCAAUGGUGCUUGUGACUGUCUGAAGAAGUUUUAGUGUGUGUGCCUUUGGAUACAGUGCCUGUGCAGACUGUAUCAAUGCUUGGUGUUAAUGAGUAAGAUUAUAGUGUGUGUGAGGUUUUAGAGGUUGUGUUGUUGGUGACAUUGUUGAUUCAGACAGUGGUGAUCUUGGUGAGAUUGUUGGCUGAGGUUGUAGUGAUUGUGUUCAUAACACUGGUUUCAACUAGACUGUAGUGGUUGUGAUGGCAGUGUGAGGUGAGGUUGUAGUGGUUUUGUUGUGUUUGACAUUGCUGGGUUCAGACUAUACUGAUCUUGGUGACUGUGUGAGGCAGG